AUGGGCUGGGUACACAAUGCCUCGCCCGAGGUGGAGGCUGCCUCGCAGUAUCCUCUCAUUCUUGGCGUAUGUUUGAGUCUUACCAUCUUAAUGGUUAUCACAGUUUCCCUGAGACUUUUCCUUCGAGCGCGGGCCAGUCGAUGGGCAGCAGCAGAUUAUGUGAUGGUUGCCAGCAUGAUCAACUAUGCAGGACGGCCCUUUUACCAGGUUGGCAUCGCAGGGUUCAAGGCUUCACUUUGCCUGAGCUAUCUUCGAUUGAUAUCUGGAACAUCAAAGCGUGCUUACCGAAUUGUGAUUUGGAUUGUUAUUGCAGCAUCUACGUUGGGUCAUAUCGCCGGUGCUCUUAGCUUGAUCUUCAAUUGCACACCAAUUCGACGAUCAUGGAACAACCAUGUACCAGGUACCUGCCUUCCUGUGGGAGGCCUAUUCUACGGUCUCGCAAUCUACACCAUCAUCACAGAUGUGACCAUUAUCGUGCUUCCCAUUCCAUUGCUCCUCGGUCUCAAUAUAAAAGUCGCACAAAAGGCCGGCGUUGUGUGUCUCUUCCUCCUUGGCCUCUUCACCACGGUUUGCUCUAUCAUGCGCUUAACCCAGAUUCAGCGUGUGGCUUUCGGAGACGGAAACUCGACAAUGCUUGUGUUGUGGGGAACUAUUGAGUUCAACGUGGGCAACAUCGUCACUUGCAUUCCAUACCUAGCCCCUCUACUCAAGGGCCUCGUGCGGGGAAUCGCUUCGACUGGUGACAAAUCAAAGCAGUAUUAUUAUGACAGUCAAGGCAGAAGCUACUUGAUGGAUAAUUGGUCGAAAGAUCAGAAUUCGCACAUGCGGUCAACUGCUUCCGGACAAAGGCAGCCGAAACGAACACCGAGUGAGGAGCUCAUUUUGGCCACUCGGGAGCCCGAGCAUGGGGGUAUCGAGAAGACAGUAGAGUAUAGAGUUUCUACGGAAGGCAGGUCAACCAAAUAG